AUGCGGAAAUCUGCCGGUGCGAAGAGGUGGGAGGGGGCGGUGUGUGUCGGCGUCUGUGUGUGUGUGUGUAACUUCACGCUGCACCUGCCUCCAAUCGAGCGCGAAGCCGACACGACCUCACGGGCCGUCACAUUUCACAGACCAAAAGAAGUGGAGGCCAAAGCAGAGCUGGAGGCCGAAGCAGAGCUGGAGGCCGAAGCAGAGCUGGAGGCCGAAGCAGAGCUGGAGGCCGAAGCAGUGCUGGAGGCCGAAGCAGUGCUGGAGGCCGAAGCAGAGCUGGAGGCCGAAGCAGAGCUGGAGGCCGAAGCAGAGCUGGAGGCCGAAGCAGUGCUGGAGGCCGAAGCAGUGCUGGAGGCCGAAGCAGAUCUCCACCACAGCCUGGACCUGUACUUCCUCAAGCCAGCUGGAACAGUGAACUGGAUUCCGAUGAUUGCCACCCGAAAAAGUUCAAGCCCAAAAGGACACCAGGGCACCAGCUUCAUGCAGACUACUGGAAACAACAUUCUAUUUUCAGUACACCUUUUCCGCCAAAAGUAA